AUGCGGCUUAUUUGGAAUCACUCCCUUCCAUGGCUGCAAUUUGCAAAGCUUCCCAAGCCUGGACGAGACCAUAAUCUACCGUCGCUAUCGUCCGCCCUGGCCGCGACAUCGCCACAAUCCCCUGGUGCUUUAACAAACAACAUCAACCGAGACUUGAUGCAACGACUAGGCUCUAUAAUUCCUUGGAAGACGUUGUCCCAUCCACCCAACAUCAAUAGCCUUUCCCGUAUAGUGACUGGACUUAGUAUUCUGAUGCCGGAAGAGUUCGGUGGCCAGCAUCGUACCCUCGCCACAAGGUUGUGCAACACUCUACGAACGACACCAGAGAGUCUUAACUUGGAACUAUUCUUGUUGUCUAAUGGCUACGUAUCCCACGGUCCAACUGGCAAAUCCAAAAGAACUAUGGCUGCCCAUGAUCGGAAUGUGAUGAAGUUGUUCCACGCGUCUGGCUGGAAGACUAUGAAGCACAUCGAGACCUUGUUAUCAACUCGAGAGCCCACCGCAGAAGGCCAUAGCAGAGAAACUGUUGCCAGUGCACUGCGACUCUUAGUUCUGGACAAACUAGGGAAGUGCGAGGGUCGACGCACGGCGCUACAACAUGCGGUGAACAACGGAAACAUGGACCUGAUCAAUUUCCUUCUUGACCACGGAGCCAAUGUCAACAGUGCACCAUCAGAGAAUGGCGGAGCUACCGCAUUACAGAUUGCCGCCAUUCAAGGCUACCUGGGAAUCGCUCGCAAGCUCAUCGACCUAGACGCAGACGUUAAUGCUGCUCCUGCACAAUCCAAUGGCAGAACAGCUUUGGAGGGAGCGGCAGAGCACGGUCGAAUUGACAUGCUUCGGUUACUUCUUGACGAAGGAGCAUCGCUGGUAGGCAAUGAUGGGGAGCGGCAAUAUCGGCGCGCCGUGGAAUUGGCUGAGAAAAAUGGGCAUAUGGCGGCCGCGAAGCUCUUGAAAUCGUUCAAGGAUCAGGUGGAAGAAAGUGGUAUUUGA